UCUCUACUCAUUCCCAAUUUAUUCUACCUUGUGUUAGCAUCUUAGAAUGAUAUACAACCUGUACUAAUGAAUCAGAGGAACGAGCUCCUCUGUAGCUCGAAAACCUGGGUUACCGCACCAUGUUAUCAUAUCCUAUUAGAUGGGUACUAACAGUAGCCGUUGUCCUUGUAUAUCUCACGCAAUGCACGAAUACGUCGACCGUCUCUUUGCUCAACCUACUGCCAAAAUGCGCUUCAGAAUGUGUCGAGAGUUUUAUAAGCACGGAAUACCCAAAAGACGCUUGCUCGAAAGGCUGUGACCUGAAUUAUUUGUGCAAGAAGAAUACAACGAGCGGGUACACCUUGGGGGAGGCGGCCUUGCGAUGCAGUCUCUCAUUGUGUUCGUUGGAAGUGGCAAUGAGUUUCGAUACCUACAGCAUCUGCAACUCUGUGCCGGGAGCCCUGCCGCAGACACACCCUACGAUUGUUGCUACAAUCGCAUCGCCUUCCAACCCUACCUCCACGACAAGGCACACUACAACGGUCACUACACAUUCGGAAACAACAAGCACCCGUCCAACAAUAGAGUCCUCCACAGAAUCAUCAACAGAAACAGACCAUACUUUAACAGCAACAACAACAACAUUCGAGAAUCCAACAUCGGCCACCGAUAGCACCACCCACACUUCUAGCACUGAGACUGACGAGCAAACGUCGACAACGUCAACAGAUCAAUUGCCUAGCGCAACAUCCGAUGAAACAUCUGGUGCAUCUACGCAAGGCAGUAGCCUCAACUCCGGUGCAGUUAUUGGCGUCUCUGUUGCGUCUGGCAUCGCUGGCUUUUUCAUUAUCGGUGUCAUAAUUUUCUUCUGCUGUCGAAAGAUCAGGCGGAAAGCACAAGACCGAGAAUUCUUUGAGAUUGGCGGGCAUAUGUCAGAGCCGCCUGAUUUCAGCUUCCCACCAAGACGUCCUCCGAUGGGACCACGACCGUCACCUGGAAUGCUUAAUCCUGAAUCUGAGAGCGCUAGACUUGUUCCUCCGGUGGAUUCUGAAUAUCAACCCCCAGCUCACUAUCCUGCAGUCGUUGUUACCCGGCCGGAAGAAGACGAUGGAUACCGCCAUACGCUAGAAAACAAAACAGACAGGACGGGCGCCCAGUCUUCCUCCAAUUUCGAUUUUGAUGCCGCCUCGAUUGCCUCAUCGAGAACGGUGUCCGAUUUGCUUCCAGACAAGCCAACGUAUGAACUCUAUCCCAGGCCACUUAGGUGGAGCCAGCACAAAAAAUCUAGACCCUCUAGCGGGGAAAGCUUUUCUGAAGAAGAGAACUACACAGGGCCAAGAAAGCUCCCGAGUCCUCCAAUACAGCUACCCGGUUUCGCACCAGGGAAUGGGAAGAGCAAAAACCGGGUUCCGAUGGCAGGACUACCUCCCAAUCCGCGUGCCAUGAUGUAUGGGUUUGGGGCGCCGGGCCAAAUGGUGGCUACGAAAGGAGCCGUCAAUGGGAAAAGACCGGUCUAUUGGAAUGCUAAAGAUAAUCUUCAACCGUCUCGUCAAGCGGUUCUCCAGGGAACAUCCCCUUACCGGCCAGGUCAUAUGGAUUAUGAUGACGACCUUGACGGAUACUGGCAAAACUCUGACGCUGGUUUCGUUGGAGCUAAAGUGAUUCAACCUCACGGUGCAGCUCGGGGUGCCGGGGUGAAUCGGAACUCCUUUGGCGAUUAUCCGGGAUAUGAUUUUGAGUUCGGGUUUGGUGAUCACAACAAUAUCGGUUCAGAUUCUCGCCGAGCAUCCCGUCACUCUGGAGGUUUCCGCCCGCUUACCCCUGUACGGGAAAUCCGUACACCGAUGGGCGAAGUUCAAGAUCCAAUGAGAGAGGGUUCUAGUGAUCGCGGCAGCUCGGUGAGGUAUCCUGAUGGCGGCCUACAUAAUCAACCUCAGGAAGUCGUUUCACGGCCUCGGAUUGUCCGACAAGACGAUAUCAAGCGUGUUCAAAUACGACGCGGCAAGGCGUCACCCAAAGAGGUGACAGUUCCCUAUUGUCCCGACGACUACUGGCUAGAACAGAGCGAUGAGCAGCCAUCGGCAUACAACGCACCGAGGAAUUCUGGCGAAUACAAGGAUACUCCGAAGGGAAAGCUCGGCAUGCCUAAGAAGAAGCCGUCUGCUUGGGAGCGUAACCUGACGCCAUCGCGAAGGGGCGCAGACUUGAUCCUCCAGGUGGAAUAAUGGCUGAACUAAUCAGACUAUCUUUCUUUGGUGUAUAAUCUAUAUAUGUGACGAUUGCAUGUCUGACUCAUUAGCGUUGUUUAUAUUAUUUUCUAUACUCUUUCACUUUGAUUCCUUUUUUCUCUCUCUCUUUCUCUUUUUUUUUUUUUCUCUUUCUUUUCUCAUUCCUCCUCUUAUCCUCUUGACGCAUCAAGCGUCCUUGAUGGACACAGAUUGGCGUAAUUUGUCUCUACUUAGAAUUACUACAUAAAAGUAAUCCUUCAAACCAGCUAGAUACUUCGUCUGUACAAAGUUCUAUGCAGGAAUAAUUCGUCAACUUUGUCCCGCAAACUUAAACUCUGACAGGCAAAAGCAUAGAAUGUAAUACAGGAGUAACCAGUA